AUGCUGGAACUCGGAACGAGCUCAACGGAUAUUACGCACGUCGAAGGGAAUGGUUCGUACACGAUCGUCAAUCUAACCAGCGCAAACGAACCGAAAAAUUAUUCCUUUCUGACGAACACCACCGAGGAGCUGAUUUUCGAUAUGGCUACCAUCGAUGUGCUCAAUGUAACAAAUGCACUAUCCAACAUAACGCCUUGGAAGGUGCUGAUAAGCAACUCGAAUGUGACACGAGUCGCUUUUCCACCACGGAUGAGCCCCAGUGUGGUGCACCUGAAGAACACGGCAGUUGAAGAUGUGCAGUUCGAAGACAAUCUUAGUUUGCAAGAUUUCCGCGCCGAGUACACGUCGCUGCGUGUCAUAUCGCCCACGGUAUCGAAUCUGCGCGGAUUGGACAUACUCUGGAUAACGUAUUCGCAGCUCACCCAAUUUAGCUUUGACCUGUUAAAAAACUCCACUGUGUCCCUACUAUAUCUGGUAGGCAACAGGAUCGAAACGAUUACGAUUUCACCAGGGGUGGUGUGUUGCCAAAGCCUGGAAGAAAUAUUUCUUUCCGAUAAUUUGCUGAAAAAACUAGAUUUUGGUACAAUGGCAAUGAUGAGCAACUUGAAGAAUGUUUUUUUGGAAAAUAACAAUAUGACCGAUUUGUAUGCGCAUAUGCCGCCCCAGAAUCACACCCAAUCAUUGGAUGCACUAGAAUACGGUAGUGAAGAUGUAUUUUGCUCUUGGCGCCAGUACUACAUUAAGCUAGAGGAGGAACAGGAACUGGAGAAGGAACUUGAAACACCUAGCUGUAAGGACUACUACGCAACACUGCUGGCGAUUCAUUUGGCAAGAAACAGUCUGGUGCAGGUAAAUUUCAGCGCAUUCAGCCUGAUGAACAAUCUUAAUUUGCUGGAUUUAUCGAAAAACCAGUUGCUAAGUUUGAACGCUACGGAAGGUGAGGUGCCUAUAAGAUUGAGCGAGUUGUUUGUUUCAAACAACAACAUAACGGACGUCUACCUGCGACCUUUCCGGUCAAUGAAAGCAUUAUAUCUGUAUGAUAAUAAUGUGAAAGAAUUGAACAUGAGUUAUCUGCCGGAAGAGCUGGACUACAUGAAUCUGAUCAACAAUCCUCUGAAUUGUGAGGAGCUCCCACAUAAACGUGCUUUACUACCAAUCUUAGGUCCGUAUACGGAAUGUUAAUGCACAGGGCCCUACGCA